AUGGCCAUCAACACCGAGUUCACCCAUCGUCGUUCUGCUUCGGCUGCGUCUUCAGUCAACGAGGCUGGCUCUGACGGAGGCAGCUCGAGUGGAAGCGCCAGCACUGUCGCCACGGCUAGAUCGACUCCCUUCAUCGGCCCCCAGAACCAUCCAGGUCUUCCUCCUCAGUUCCAUCCAGCUCCUGUUGACCCUGUCUACGGCAAUCUCAAUGCUCGUCACGACCAGACUAAUCGGUUCGAAGACACUGCUUUCGCUUUUCAGUUGGACCAAGUCGAGACACAGAUCAGACUGCUGGAUACGCAUGGUCCAUACAGCGAUGUUACUCUCGGUUCCGAGUAUGAUGCCGACUGGAGCGAGCCACUCCCUGAUGGUAUAGAUAUCAACGAGCUCCACGCCAUCGAAGCCGAUAUCAUGUUUGCCCUCUACUACAACCACUACGACCCAGCCGAUGGUCCCUUCCCUGCAUCCAACACUCUUGAGGCCAUCAACGCCCCCAGAAACUACAACCACCUCCCAUGGGGACCACGUCAGUACGGUCACAUGCCAGAGGAAGAGUCCGACAAUGAGUCCGACAGUGAGUCCGACAACGAGUCCGACAGCGAGGCCACAACGGCUGCCUACGAAACUCCUCUGAUGCCUCGUUACCAUGCCAUCGCCUCUUACAACGAUCUCAUCGCUUCAACCGUCGCCAGACCAGGUACUAUCGCAGGCAUGGCCAUUCGCGAUCAGUCUCAGCCCGCUCAUACUCCUCCGAUCAUCGGCGUGGAAGCUCGUUCUUCAGCUGGUGCCAUGGCUGAGAUGACUCAAGGUGCGUAUGCGAGUGCUGCUCCCGUUACUGGAUCGUCCUCCUCUGCUGUGGACGAGCUCGACCCCAACCUUGCAGCCGUGGUCCACAAUCUCCGCACCGGACUCACUCCUGCCUCUACGGCUGCUGUAUCUCAGGAAGUCGGAGCUGACUUGUCGUCUGCUGCACACGAUGUUCCCUUCGAGACUCCAAUCUUCCCAGCCAAUUGGGUCACUCAUACCAGAACUUCGAUCAUGUCCUCGCGUCAGCCUCGCGCCACUCCCAUCAGAAGAAGAAACUCGCACACAGGCAGCGUCAACUACACCACCUCGCCUAUCUCCCGUCGUUUUACCUACGAACGCGAGGGUGACGGCGCUUGA